UGUUAAAAAUUAAGCUAGAUGUGAUUGAUCCAUCUCGUGUAAGAGCUGCCGAUUCUGAGGAGAGUGAAUACGACUUUCGAGGAAAAAAAUGGUUGCUGGACGUGCGUUGCAUUUUGUAUUCAAGAUAUCGGAUCGCGGGUUAACGGCAAAGUUUUAUCGAGAGAUUCUCGGGAUGAAGGUAUUGAGACACGAGGAAUUUUCAGAUGGAUGCGAGGCCGCGUGCAAUGGACCAUAUGCAAAUCGUUGGAGCAAAACAAUGAUAGGAUAUGGCCCCGAAGAUACACAUUUUGUCAUUGAGUUAACAUAUAAUUAUGGGAUUAAAGAAUAUCAAACUGGAAACGAUUUUAAAGCUAUCACUAUACAUUCGAAGGAUGUGAUUGAAAAAGCACGCGCAAAUAAUUGGCCAAUACAUGAAGAAAAUGGAAAAUUUGUAGUACAGGCACCUGGUGGAUAUAAAUAUUGCAUUAUUAAUGAACAACUUCCUAUUAACAGUGAUCCAGUAAAGAAAGUUACUCUAUCUAGCUCCAAUCUUGAACGUACCAUUGCCUAUUGGAAGGAUAUUUUGGGAUUACAGAUAUUUGAUAGAAAAGAUAAAAGUGUGUUGAUGGGCUAUAGUGAAGAUCAAGUCAAACUUGAAUUUGAAGAUAUUGGUACUGAAAUUAAUCACGCAAAAGCAUAUGGACGUAUCGCUUUCUCAAUACCAUUUUCAGAGCAACCAGCGAUUCAGAAAGCUAUUAAAGAAAGUGGAAAUAAAAUCUUGACUGAUUUGAUAACUUUAGAUACACCAGGAAAAGCUUCUGUAAGAGUUAUUAUUCUUGCUGAUCCAGAUGGGCACGAGAUCUGCUUCGUAGACGAUGAAGGAUUUCGGCAACUCUCAGUUCCAGAUUAUCCAAGUGAAGAAAUUUUAAAUAGAUAUAUUAAAAAAGAAUCAACAGAUGACGCAUAAAAAAUUACUUCUACCGUUGAAGUAUUUGUAAUUUAAUAAUAUUAUUGUAGGAGAAGUCCGAGAGACUUGAUCAUACAGGAGAAUUAAAUCAGUUCAAAUUUUGCGCCAAGUUUGUUAAGCCGACAUGCGGGUCAUGUCAUAUGACAUUAUAGCUGUAAUCAUAAUGUAAGAAUAGAUAUAUCAUUUCGCAUAAUGAUGAUAGCAAUACUGGAAACAACCAAUCAAAUUUUGGCGUCUAUGCACUUUCCUGUAUAUAAUAGCGCUGGCAUAUUGGAAUAGCUAAUCAAAUUUUGACCACAAUUCUCCUAAUGCGCGUGCUCGGAAAUCAUAUACUUUGUCUUAUUUUGACUUAAUGAUAAUAGCAACUAAUAAGCGCUAAACGACGCAAAAUUUGAACAAGUAUAUGAAAUAGUUCAACUGUAUUAUUUGAUCAAAUCUCUCAGAUUCCCCCUAGAUGUUGGAAUGCUAAUUAUAAAGAGAUUAAUACUUAAAACUUAACAAGAAACAAGACAUCUAAAUAAAAACAU